AGGCGCACCGACGCAAACACCGGCCGCUGCGAAGCCGUUUAACCGACGCGCUGUUGCUUAUUUUCGGGUAAACGGAGGAGCGAGCUAACCGUGUUACCCAAACAAAGACCCUGCCGGGUCCUAGCGCUGGGUGGGUAACGUGUUGCUCGCGCCCGGGUCCCGCUGCCAAAGCCGCCUUCCCGAAAAAAAAACAAGUGCUACUUAUUGAAGCGUAGCCCUUCUAGUGUGCGGUCAACGGCGGCGGCCAUGAAACAAGCUGCCAGUGUUUUAAUUUGAGCGAAAGCGCCGGUGGCACCGGAGCGGAAGCGGGCCAGUGUGGAUGGCCGGGCGAGCAACUUCUUCGCUGUGGGAAGCGAGGCUAGCGAGCUAGCAAGGGAGCUAGCCUGCCCACUGGCGAUGAGGCGGCUAGCGUUAGCAUGCGAAUGCUAGCUAGGAGCCCCGAGAGUAGACAGCGAGGACGGAGGAGGAGGAGGAGUCCGGAUGCUGUUGCCACCAUGUAAAUGCUGGCCCGGUCUCUGGUACUCUGAGGUCCUUUCAAUGUGAUCUUCUCGUUGCUGUGGCCGUCAAAGCCUCCAUCCAGCUGGUAUUAACGAGUCUGCAUGGCGACAGGCAAUCUCAUGUGUGGGACCUCUGCUGCACAAGUGCUCUUGCCCUCCCCAUCUUUAAGGCCGGAUGGGGAUGAGUGCAGCAAGAAUGGCAAAAAGGCUGCAGAGGCCAUGUCGCUCAGUAAGGACGACAUGUCCAUCUUUGGCCUCUACCCCGGCCAUGACGACUUCUACCUGGUGGUGUGCAGCCACUGCGGCCAGGUGGUGAAGCCGCAGGCGUUUGAAAAGCACUGCGAGCGGCGACACGCCCCCCUGGCCAAGCUGUACGCCCGACUGCGCUCCCCCACCCCCGCUGCCCAGCCGAGGCCCCACCACGGCCAUUCCCCUUCCCACGGGACCAACGCUGGCUCGGCGGCGUCGUGGGAGGGCCGCGGCCAGGCGGCCGUGCAGCCACGGGCGGCCCCGCCUUCGCCUUCCACUCCCCCCCAGCACAGACACUCCAAGACAUCCAAGGAUGGAGUACGACAUUCCCCGCUGGACAAGUCCUCCCACAGCGGCCACACCGACUCGUCCGUAUUCAAGCAGCCGCCGCCUCUGGAGUCUCCAAUGAGUUCCCCGCCGCCGUCUGUCCGCGAUCCGCCCUGGCUGCACGGAGGCACGCCGCCUGGUCGGCCCUCACCCAGUGACCGGCCGCCCUCCCAGAACCAGAGGAAGGACUCCCCCCAGGGCUCCGCUGUGCCGAGCCACCGGGUCCCCAGACCCUACAACAAAGUGGCCUCCAAGCGGGAGUGUGACUUGGACAAACACUGCGGCGUCCUGGACCCCGACAGGAAGAAGGUCUGCACCCGCCUGCUGACGUGCAACAUCCACUCCAUCCACCAACGACGGAAGGUGGUGGGCCGCAGCAAGAACUUCAACCAGCUGGUGGCGGAACUGAAGACCAAGGUCCGCGAGAAAGGGGCCCAAUCCCUGGAGGGAGGCUCCUCUGCCGGGCGAUCUCCCAGCCCGGAGGCCCCCAAGGAGCAGGCGGGGGCGCCGCACUGCAGGCGGCCUCUGGCCAGCCUCCCUGCCUUCAGCCGGUCUACUACGGUGUCGGAGAGCAACACGGAGGACGACGAGCAUCAGGAGGAGGGGAGUCGCCGAGCCCCCUCGCCCCUGGUCCACGGGCGGAUCUCCAGCGACGACAGCGAGGCAGAAGGACCCGAGGAGCCCGCUGGGUUCCCGUGUUCCGCUGCGCAUCCCAGACCAGCCGCGGUGUGUUCGUUUGGCAGCCGCGCGCUGGCUCACGGCAUCUACACGUUCGACCGGCGGCUUCACCACCUGAGGUCGGCUCUCAGCAGCAUGCUGGAGCAGCACAUCAGCGCACAUCUGUGGAAGAAAAUACCUCAGGCAACAGACCUUCAAUCUCCAGCUUCUGCAGCAAAGACCGUCACUUCCUCCUCGCCAUUACAUUCCAAAGUCCGCACGGGAAGUCACAUCAGCUCCUCCCUCAAAGCAGCAGCAUCCUCCUGCUCCUCCUCCAGCCGCGGCCCGGGAAGAGUCCCGGCAGCCUUUCAGUCCGAGAACUCCGGAGGCGGCGGAGGCGGCCACUCGGCGUCUCCGGGUAAGCCUGCGGCGGCGCGUCAGACGGGCGCCAGGCGACCCAAGAACCCCGUGGGGCGUCCCAGCAAGCAGAUGCUGAAGCUGCGGGAGGAGGCCGCCGCCGCCGCCGCCCUCCGGAAGCGGAAGGCGCCGUCACAGGAAGGGGAGCAUUCAGGCCCCGAAAGGAACUCCAUCAUCCUCCAGGACCGGGGCCGCCCACCUUCCUCGUCCUCCUCCUCCUCCUCCUCCUCUUCCUCCUCCUCCUCUUCUUCGUCCUCGUCGUCAUCUUCGUCGUCGUCUUCUAAACCCCCCACAUCCUCCCCUCUCCCGCACGGACAGACCAAUGGUACGCUUUCCCCCAGCGGGAAACCCCGCCCCCAGCCCUCCCCUUCAGAGUCCCAUUCACCAGCCGCCAAGGCGGUCUGGACCUACAGACGCACUACGCACGCUCCUCUGGGCCAUUCCUCCUCCCCAGACCCCUCCUCCUCCUCCGCCACCAACAACUCCCACAGCAGGGGGGGCGUGGGGGACUCAGGACUGCACGGGCAGGGCAGCGGGAGGGGCUUCGAGCACCAUGUGAAGAAACGCAAGGGGGGCGGCGGCGGCGGCGGCGUCGAGGAGCAUUCGCCGUCCUCGAAGCACUCCGCGUACCGCCUGCCGCCCUCCUCCUCCGGCUCUGCCACCUCGUCGUCCUCCUCGCCGCGCUCCAACUUUUACCUCUGGAAGGACGGCAAAGGCGGGGGGCUGGCUGGGGGAGUGGAGAAGAAACUGGGCACACAGAAGCCAAAACUGCACCAUUAAGAGUGCCUGCCUUACAAGCCACUAAGAGGGAGCCAGCGCCACUCAGUCGGGGGCUGAGGCAACAGGGCGCGUGCGUGUGUGCGUGUGUGCGUGUGUGCGUGCGUGCGUGUGCGUGCGCGCGUGUGUGUGUGUGUGUGUGUGUGUGUGUGUGUGUGUGCGCGCGUGUGCGUGCGUAUCUACGCUGGGUGGGUCAGUCUGUGUGAAUGUCUGGGGGAGAACAUGGAGCGGGAGGGUGGGAUGAAAUUCAGAGUAUGGAUUUAGAAAUACCUCAAGACCAUCCAAUUAUGCUGCUAAAUUAAAUAUGGUUUAUAAGAAUGUAUUAAAAUGUCCUUUCCACUU